UGUUGGGGACAGGCCAGGCAGGAGCAGUGGCACCACUGGGGACAGGAGGGUCACUGGCAGUGGCAGUGUCCCCAUCAGGGACAGGUCACCCAGGGCCGAUGGCAGUGGGGACAGGAGCCAUGGCACCCCUGGGGACACACCAGUCAGUGGCAGUGCCACCAUGCCUGUCAGGGACAGGCCACCCAGGGCCAGUGACACUGGGGACAGGCCAGGCAGGGGCAGUGCCACUGUUCCCCUCAGGGACAGCCCAGCUGGGCACAGUAGCACUGCCAGGGAUGUGCCAAUCACUGGCACUGCCACUGUCCCCAUUGAGGACAGGCUGGUCACUGGCACUGCCACGGUCCCUGUUAGGGACAGCCCAGCUGGGGACAGUGGCACUGUCCCCAUUGAGGACAGGCUGGUCAGGCACAGUGGCAUUGUUAGGGACAUGCCAGUCCCUGGCAGUGCCACUGUCCCUGUUGAGGACAGGCUGGUCACUCCCAGUGACACUGUUGGGGACAGGCUGGUCACUGACAGUGACACCGUUGGGGACAGGUUGGUCAGUGAGAGUGGCACUGUUGGGGACAGGCUGGUCAGGGACAGUGGCACCGUUGGGGACAGGCUGGUCAGGGACAGUGGCACCGUUGGGGACAGGCUGGCCACUGACAGUGGCACCACUCCUGCCAGGUACUGCCCCUCCAGGGACAGUGGCACUCCUGGGGCCAGCCUGGCCGCUGGCAGUGCCACCGUCCCCGUCAGGGACAGCCUAUCCAGGGGCACUGCCACCAUCGUGGACACGCCUGUCACCGCCUGUGCCACCAUCCCCGUCAGGGACAGCCCCUUCUGGGCCUGUGGCACCGCUGGGGACAGCAGUGCCACUGUCCCCAGCAGGGACUGCCCAUCCAGGGGCACGGCCGCCAUCGUGGACGCGCUGGUGGCUCUGAGCGGCACCGUGACGGACGGGAGGAUCCUGGGCAGUGUCACUGUCCCCGUCAGGAGCAGCCUGUCCCGGGGCACCGUCACCAUCGUGGACACGCCCGUCUUUGUCAGUGCCACCGUCCUGGUGGGGGAGUCCAUCCCCCGGGUCACGGCCACCAUCGUGGAGUCCAGGGUGCCCGGCCACGCCAUGCUCCCCCUCGGGGACACGCUGGCCUGUGGCAGUGCCACCGUCCCUGUCAGGGAGUGCCGGCCUAGGGACAGUGCCACCGCUGGGGACAGGCCUGGCAGUGGCAGUGCCACCGCUGGGGACAGGGACAGUCCUGGCAGUGCCACCCCUGGGGACAGGCCUGGCAGUGGCAGUGCCACCGUGUCAGACAGGGAGUGCCCGCCCAGGGGCAGUGUUGGUGUGCCCAGGGGGGAUUGCUCUGGUAGGGACAGUGCCACCACGUCUGACAGGGAGUACCCAUCCAGUGACAGUGGCACCCCUGGGGACAGGCCUGGCAGAGACAGUGCCACCGUCCCUGACAGGGACUGGUCAGGUAGGGACAGUGCCACCCCUGGGGACAGGCCUGGCAGUGGCAGUGCCACCAUCCCUGUCAGGGAGUGCCCGCCCAGGGGCAGCGCUGCUGUGCCCAGGGGAGACUGGUCAGGCAGGGACAGUGGCAGCAUUGGGGACAGGGACUGGUCUGGCAGGGUCAGUGGCAGCACUGGGGACAGGGACUGGUCUGGCAGGGACCUUGCCACCACUGGAGACAGGGACUGGUCAGGCAGGGACAGUGGCAGCGUUGGGGACAGGGACUGGACAGGAAGGGACAGUGGCACCAUUGGGGUCAGGAACAGGCCUGGCAGUGGCCGUGCCACCAUCGGGGACAGGGACUGGUCAGGCAGUGGCAGUGCAUUCAUCCCUGUCAGGGAGUGCCCGCCCAGGGGCAGCGCUGCUGUGCCCACGGGGGACUGGUCAGGUAGGGACCGUGCCACUGUCUACAGGGAGUGCCCAUCCAGGCACAGUGGCACCAUUAGGGACAGGGACUGGUCAGGAAGGGACAGUGUCACCAUUGGGGACAGGGGGUGGUCAGGAAGGGACAGUGGCACCAUUAGGGACAGGGACUGGACAGGAAGGGACAGUGGCAGCACUGGGGACAGGUCUGGCAGGGACAGCAGGGACAGUGGCACCGUGUCAGACAGGGGGGCCCCGCCCAGGGGCAGCGCUGCUGUGCCCAGGGGGGACUGGUCAGGCAGGGACAGUGGCACCGUGUCUGACAGAGACUGGUCAGGUAGGGACAGUGGCACCACUGGGGACAGGGACUGGUCAGGCAGGGACAGUGGCACCGUGUCAGACAGAGACUGGUCUGGUAGGGACAGUGGCACCACUGGGCACAGGGACUGGUCUGGCAGGGACAGUGCCACCAUUGGGGACAGGCCUGGCAGUGGCAGUCGAGGCCACGCCCCCAAACACAACGAGACCACGCCCUAUUUACCAUAUAUGUACAUUACCAAGCCUUUUGGCAUAUUGACCACGCCCACUCGCGGCACGAAGCCACGUAUGUUCCCGGUCAACAUUCAGACCACGCCCACGACUAUGUUAGACUUUAGGCCACACCCACACGCCCAUAUAAGGACAUAA